GAGAGCUUGAGCUCUUCAUUGAGAGCCCAGCAGCUGCACACAGAUGAAGCAGAACGAUGCAGAUCUGUGAUGAUAAACUCCUCAUAUUUCAGCUGCUGCUCCUCGUGUCAGUUAUGGCAUGUGAGACGAGUGAGAUAUUGACUUUCACUGCACAUGAAGGAGGAAAAGUUGAGAUACAGUGUCCAUAUGAGGCUAAAUAUGAAGAAUAUAAGAAGUAUCUCUGCAGAGGAGAAUGUCCAAUAGUGAUUAAAGACAAGCUUAUUGAAUCUGAAUCAGCAGCAAAAGACAAGAGAUUCUCUCUGAGUGACAAUAAAACAACCCACAUCUUCACCGUCACCAUCACUGAUCUGAGAACAGAGGAUCGAGGUCAAUACUGGUGUGGAGUAAAGACUGGAUUUGGAUCUUAUGAUUAUAAGAGAGAGAUUUACCUGGAAAUUAAACAUGAGAGGAUGUCACCCAAGCCAUCAGCAACAACAGCUUCAUUUCACACCAACAAACCAGUGACAGCAGAUACUGAGUCUGACAGAACCGUCACAUCUUCAUCAUCAUCAUCAUCAUCAGUGUUAAUGCUUUUCUCAGAUUUCACAUCAAUCGUUAAUAUGUCAGUUAUGGGGAUAUUGAUGGUGUUUGGAUUCCUUUUGUUAAUUUACAACAGAUUCAGACGAAAGAAAGAAGCAGAGCGGCUGAAAGGCGACGUUCUUGUCUUGGCUGAAUAUCUGUCCACUAAAGAAGCCACUCAUGCUGUCUGUCAUUAUGAAGAGAUUGUUUGCACAGAUAAUCAUUCUGGCUACAGUUUGGGUCUUCCUGUUUUUGAUGAACGUGACUCUAAUAAUACUCUCGCCUAUUCCACAGUCAUAUAUCAGAGUAUGGGCUCUGUAACUCUCAGUCCAUAAAAGACUGUGAAGCUUCAUGGACACCGGGUUGAUUAACAGUUGAACUGUUUGGCUAUAUAUCUGAAUCUGAUGGACUUUUAUUUAUUCCAUAUUGAUGAGUCUUCGAGUCUUGCAGAACAAUGAACCAAACCAAGUACAUUAAGAAGAAAUCAGUAAGUGAAGAAAGCAAAUGCCUUCUGUCAGGUUAUCACUUCUGUAAAUAACUGAAUUGUUUGUGAAUGUAACCAUCGUGAUUAGACAAAUGAACUUUUUUUAGAUUUUGAAUCAGUUGAACUAAUUGCUAUACAAAAUGAUUCAAUGUUUUGAAAUGAUGCCUACUGUUCAAAACCGUGUGAAUGCAAUAAAAUGCAAUAAAAUGCCAUAAAACACCUUUAAAACCUAAUGUUUUAUUGGAAGUGAAAUCUAUUAAAUGCAAUUAACAAAUCAUGUAACACUGUUAAAUGUGAGAUUUAUAAUAUGUGUACUUUUACUGGAUUGCUGGGGGUCGCUAAACAGAUGGUCAGAGACUAUUA